GUUAUUAUUGAGAAAUACAGUUGCAAAGAUGGUAGUGAGCUCGGAAUAUAAUUUACAAGAUACUGGACACACACGAUGGCAGUGGACAUAUUCGUGUAUUGUGAGCCUUGGUUUUAUAAUAUACGGUAUGGAAACUGGCUGGUUAUCGCCCUUAAUAGAAGAGUUGCAGUCAGAAAAUUCUCCCUUAGGAACUCCAGUCUCGGAUAUGAUUGUGUCAUGGUGGGCAACCAUAAUUCCGUUUUGUGGAGCAUUUCUUGUGCCCAUUUGCACAUACUUAGCUGACAAUUUUGGGAGGAAACUAUCUAUCAUCGUAAUAAUUUUGCCUGAAAUAGUGUCGAUCAUAUUAAGGCUUGCUCGUCCUACAAUAGUUUCAGUUACGUUCUCCAGAGUAUUGUGUAGCUUCACUGCUGCAGGCUUCUUCUCGAUUAUACCCGUAUAUAUUAGAGAAAUUAGUGAGGAACAUAUAACGGGAUCCCUUGGAUCAUUAACAAUGCUUUCACAAAAUAUCGGUUUUUUUGUAAUUUAUUUGAUUGGUGCAUUGUUUGAUUAUUUUUAUAUAUUGUGUUUUUUUCUACCUAUUACGAUUGCGAUGUUAUUGCUAAUGAUAAAGGCACCUGAAUCUCCGGCUUACCUUGUGAAGAAAAUGAAGAUAUCUCAAGCCUAUAAAACUGUUGCCUUCUUAAGAGGCUUGAAGGUUAAUGACGAGAGAGUGGGAAAAGCAGUGCAAUAUAUGCAACAACAAGAGGAUGAAUUUAAGUCUUUACCCAAAAUUGGAAUUACUUCUAUACUGAAUGACAAACUACUUCGUCGUGGUUUUAUUCUGCUAGUUAUGUUAUUCACGACACAAGCGUUGAGCGGUGCCUUCGCCAUAAUAACGUAUGCAUCUGUUAUUUUGGCCUCGAUGGAAACCAAGCUAUCGAUCAAUCCGGAAUUAGAAACAGUCAGUUUGCCAAUCGUAAUGAUUAUAGCGUCGUUAUUGUUGACAUUUAUUGCUGAGAAAUUCGGUAGACGGACCUUACAAGCGAGUGGUUACUUAAUAUCAGCGCUAACAUUCACAAUACUGGCUACAUUUAUUCUCCUACAAGACUAUGGCUAUGCUACACCUCGAUGGCUGCCUAUUGGAUGCAUGGUCACGAUCGUUGCUAUGUACGCAGCCACCAUUCGCCCGUUGCCAUUCAUAGUUGCUACAGAAUUAUUGCAUUUUAGAGUACGUGCAAAAUUAAUGGGCAUGUUAGCUAUGUUCCUUGGGCUGAUGAACUCAGUUCAUCUUAUUUCGUAUAUCCCUAUGAAAACUUAUCUCGGCCUGCCAGCAACGUUGAUGAUAUUUGGGAUAUGCAAUGUUUUUGGAAUAUUAUUCUCAUUACUUCUGCCGGAAACGAAGGGGAGGACAGUUGAAGAAAUUAGAACGCAGAUCGAACGACGAAUGAAAUGAAUUAAGAAAAUUAAAAAAUUUGAUAUCAUAUGCAUUAGGUAUUUUUAUACCAACUGGAGGGGGUGUCCUAAACCCUAGAGGAGUGAUUUGCCAUAAUUGUCAUAUCUCUGGCUAUCAUAAGAACCGAUGUUUGUACGGCUGUGACGACACGUAUUACAUUAUUUGAUAAUACAGUAAAAGUCAUACCAAUAUCUUUUUUUAAUUUGGUAAAAUACCUACCUAAAAUAUUUAUGCUAUUCAUGUUGUACUCAUAUCCAAUGGCAUAGCUACAUUGGGUGGCACCCAGUGCGGAAAUUGGUGGUAUCACCCCAUCGAUAGUAAAAAGCAAUAAAUUUUAUAUGAUAAAGGCCAUGGAUCAUUUAUAAAAAAGAUCACGAAUAUCGGACGGGUCAUCCAACGACAGCGUCAGGCUCUUUUGCGAGAAUAACCGAAUUCUACUGAAUUCAAGAAAUUUUUAUACUACCAAUUUUUUAUUGUUAUUAUUCAUCAUCAUUAUUCUUAAAAAGGUGACACCCGGUGCGGACCGCCCCCGUCGCCCCCCUUUGCUACGCCACUGCUCAAACUUAUAAUGCUGUAGGCUUAUAAUUAUUUAAAUAAAAGACAAUAGUAGUAUUUCACAACUUGAUAAGUUUUAUAACACUUUCGUUAUCCCAGCUGAUCUUGUUCCUUUUUCACUGCGACUAACAACUACUACGACAUGGACAAAAUGAGCGUCCCUAUUUAUGAUACAAAUAGUAGAUACGAUUCGACUGAUCGUGAUACGUCAACAUGCUACAAAUGUGGACCCGGCUUAACACGGCCUAAUCCACAGUAUGUAACGUAGCAGCUUCUUACAAACAUUUUGUUAAUAGACUUUUGGUUUAACAGCCUGUCGGAGCUUAUUGCUGGAUCUUCUCGGUUUACCCCCCUUUUUAGACUUAGCAUGUGAAUUUAGAAGUAUUUGAUUUAUCUUUCAGUAAAUCUUUACGUUUGUGAAUGUGUAAAUUGUGAUUGAUUAGUUAUGGUUAUCUGUAUUUGAGGGUGGAAGGGUCUUGGUUUAAAUUGCGUUCGACUAUGACUUAUUACAUACUGAGUAUAUUAUUUAGUCUCUAGUGUUACAGUAAAUAGAAAAUGUAUGUUUAUUU